GCCCCGCCCCUCGCGCGGGUCUCCCGGAAGUUGCUUGCCGCAUGCCAAGUGGAGGUUCCGUGCGGUCUCAGCCGGGGUGCGCAGUGUUGUUGGGCGAGAGCCCCCGGGGGGCCGCGUCUGGACUGCGCUCAGGCUGCGGGUUCUCGAGCGCAGCGCGGACCGGAACCUGGUGACGAUGGCGGGGCCUCAGCCCUUGGCCUUGCAGCUGGAACAGUUGUUAAACCCCAGGCCGCGCGAGGUGGAUCCUGAGGCCGACCCGGAGGAGGCCACUGCUGCCAGAGUGAUUGACAGGUUUGAUGAAGGGGAAGAGGAGGAAGGUGAUUUCUUGGCAGUGAGUAGCAUUCGAAAAUUGGCAUCGUCCUCCCUCUUGGACACAGACAAAAGGUAUUCUGGCAAGACCACUUCUAGGAAGGCUUGGAAGGAAGACCAUUGGGAGCGGACUCUGCCAGGUUCAUAUGACAAGGAAAUAUCUGAUGAAGAACGAUCUGGAGAUGGAGAUUCAGAGGGCCUGGGCCUGGAAGAAUCAGAAGAUGACCUAAGUGCUGCUGAGGAACAAGAUGCUGAGGAUGAUGGCAAGAGCAGUCUGUCUCGGAGGAAGAAGGGAAUGCACUCUGCAGAAAUGCUAGGCUUCAGUUUCCAGAGUAUUAGUGACUUUGAGAAAUUUACAGAGGAAAUGGAUGAUGUUGGGAGCAGUGAGGAGGAGGAGGAGGAGGAGGAGGAGGAGGAGGAAGAGGAGGAGGAUGAAGAAGAAGAGAGCAGUAUGGAUGAAGGGGAUGUGGAGGAAGACAGGGAAGGAGACAGGAACAGUGAAGAUGAUGGUGUGGUGAUGACCUUCUCCAGUGUCAAAGUUUCAGAGGAAGUGGAGAAAGGAAGAGCUGUAAAGAAUCAGAUAGCAUUGUGGGACCAACUCUUGGAAGGGAGGAUCAAACUACAAAAAGCUCUGUUGACCACCAAUCAACUACCUCAACCAGAUGUUUUCCCUGUCUUCAAGGACAAAGGUGGCCCAGAAUUUUCCAGUGCCCUAAAAAAUAGUCACAAGGCACUUAAAGCAUUGUUGAGGUCAUUGGUAGAUCUUCAGGAAGAGUUGCUUUUCCAGCACCCAGACACUAGAUACCUAGUAAAUGGGACAAAACCCAAAGUGGAGAGUGAGGAAAUUUCUAGUGAAGAUGAUGAAUUAGUGGAGGAAAAGCCACAGAGAAAGGCCCCACUAAAGAGGAAGCUGGAGAUGGAGGACCUUCCCAACUUCAUGGCAAAGCGCUUUGCUGACUUUACAGUCUACAGGAACCGCACACUGCAGAAGUGGCAUGAUAAAACCAAACUGGCUUCUGGGAAACUGGGGAAGGAUUUUGGUGCCUUUGAACGCUCAAUCUUGACUCAGAUUGAUCAUAUUCUGAUGGACAAAGAAAGAUUACUACGAAGGACACAGACCAAGCGCUCUAUCUACCGAGUUCUUGGCAAACCUGAACCAGCAGCUCAGCCUGUCCCAGAGAGUUUACCAGGAGAGCCGGAGGUCAUUCCUCAAGUCCCUGCCAAUGCUCACCUGAAGGACUUAGAUGAAGAAAUAUUUGAUGAUGAUGACUUUUACCACCAGCUCCUUCGAGAAAUCAUAGAACGGAAGACCAGCUCCUUGGAUCCCAACGAUCAGGUGGCCAUGGGAAGGCAGUGGCUUGCAAUCCAGAAAUUACGAAGCAAGAUCCGCAAGAAGGUAGACAGGAAAGCCAGCAAAGGAAGGAAACUAAGGUUUCAUGUCCUUAGCAAGCUACUGAGUUUCAUGGCACCUAUUGACCAUACUACAAUGAAUGAUGAUGCCAGGACCGAACUGUAUCGAUCUCUUUUCGGCCAGCUCAACCCUCCUGACAGAAGCCAUGGGGACUGACAUCAUCGCUGUCCCUGUGCUGCAGGUCAUGAGGCCAGCAUGACUGACGGGUUCAGUUCCUGGAGAAUCUGUGGGAAGGUGCUCUGUUGGGAACAUGUGUGUAGUAUGUGGGAAGGCACGGCAUCUAAGUUCUUUAGCCAUCACAAGGAGUAUUGUCCAAGCCAGAGAGAUGGCUCAGCAGUUAAGAGCACUGAUUGCUCUCGCAGAGGACCUGAGUUUUGUUCCUAGCACCCAUGUCAGAUGGCUUGCAACCACCUGAAAUUCCAGCUCCAAGGACUCCAACGUCCUCUUCUGGCAUCCAUUUCUUCUCCAACUCACACGUGCACAUACCCAAACACAUAUACAUAAUUAAAAAUAAAAUACAUCUUUUUUAAAAAAAAGUAUUGUCACUGCCAUUGCUACGUGUGGCUCUUGAGCAAUAUAGGGAAGUUGAUUUGGAGCUGUUGCACAGUGACAUGUUUGUUGGAAGGGUUUUAUAUUUCCUAGUUGAAUGGCCUCCUCAUACAAUAUAAAACCUUACAUUUUCUUUAUUCGUUCCAUAAUGGAAGCUUAGGUUGUUUCCACAUUUGGACGGUUGCAAAUGGUGCUGUGGUGGCUUCAGUUUUUUGAGGAGCCUCCAUAAUGGCUGUUCUAACUACUCUCUCCCAACAGUGUGCCAGGGCUCACUUUCCUCUGCUGCUUUGCCAACAUCUAUUGUCAUUUAUCAUUGGUAAAAGCAAUUUUACUAGAUGAUGAGACCUCAAGUGUGGUUUUAAUUCGCAUUUCCCUAGUGACUAGUGAUGCCUAGUGUACUCCAGUGAACCUAUUGGCCAUGUCUUCUUUUGAAAACUUUCUGUCCAUGUUCUUUGCCCUUUUUUAAAAAUUAAUUUUCUUGUUAUUGAGUUGUUUGAAUUUUGAAUGUAGAUGGAUGGAUAAAGACAACAUGGUUAACGAA